CAUUUUCUUUUCUAAAUUGUGACCAAUUUUUAUUCCAAAUUAAAUUGUUUAAUUCUUUGUGACAAUUAACUUUGAUUUGGUUGAUUCUCCGUUUAAAUGAUCAACUUAAGGAUAGAGAAAUGGUUAUUCAAUAAAUUCUGCCUUUGGAUCAAUCAAAUUGACUCAAUGAAAGAAUUUAAAUUUUCUUUUCUCUUGUGGCGAUGAUAAUUGUUAACAGUUUAACUUGAUUCUUUCAUUGUAUAAUUUGUGUGUGUGGUUUAAUCUGUUAAGAUGAUUAUUAUGGUUCGAUUCAUGGUUGUGUAAUCGUUUAAUUUACCAUUACAUUAACUCUACAUGUUAUCAUUUCGGUUUACCUGAUGAUGGUUUUUACGUAAUUACAGUUGUUACCAUAAUCUGUUGGUGUAGUUUUCUUCGUAUUGAAGGUGGUAACUAUCGAUUCUCACUUUUUACACCAUAUAACAAGGAAGAUAUUAUAUUGAUUUCGCUGAUGAUGUCCCUGUAAAUUGGAAAAUUUUGUCUCAUUCAUUGCAAUCAGAAAAACCACUAUAUUCCAUUGGCAUCGUGAUGAUUAUUCUGACAAACUAAACCUUCAUCUUUGUUUAUAUUCUUCAUCUUCAUCACAACAACAAAAAAUCUGAAAUUCAGUUAUCGCCAUCAUCUUACCUGCAGUUCUUGGUUUUAAUUAGUUCCAUAAAUCAUGAAGAUUGUUAAUAGCGAAGUCAGAAGAUAUCCAUCGUUUGUGAAAAUCGUUGAAGUUUCUCCUCGUGAUGGUCUACAAAAUGAGAAACAACCAAUACCCACUCACAUCAAGACCGAAUUUAUCAACAAAUUAAGUGAAACUGGUGUUAAAGUGGUUGAGGUGACAUCGUUUGUCUCACCAAAAUGGGUACCACAAAUGGCCGAUCACAUGCAAGUUUAUUCCAAUAUUCGUAAAUGUGAAAGUGUCGAUUACACCGUCUUAGUCCCUAACAUGCAUGGACUAGAAAAUGCGCUUAAACUUGGUGUCAAGGAAAUCGCAGUAUUUGGAGCUGCUUCCGACCUUUUUAGCAAAAAAAAUACAAACUGCACCUUGGUUCAAAAUCUAACACGAAUGGAACAGGUAGCCAAAUAUGCCAUCAAAAAGGGAUUAAAAGUACGAGGGUACAUUUCUUGUUGUCUUGGUUGUCCAUAUGAAGGACCAAUUCCGCCAGAAAGAGUCGCAGAAAUGGCUUAUCGCUUAUAUUCAGUAGGUUGUUAUGAAAUAUCAUUAGGGGAUACAAUCGGUGUUGGAAAUCCUUCUUCCAUGAGAGCCUUGAUUGAAACGGUUUCAGCAUUGAUUCCGUUAGAGGCAAUUGCUGUUCAUUGUCACGAUACUUAUGGUCAAGCAUUGGCGAACAUACUUUCAGCGAUAGAGUGUGGUGUUACUACCGUGGAUGCAUCGGUUGCUGGCUUAGGAGGCUGUCCCUUUGCCAAAGGUGCCACUGGUAAUGUUGCCACUGAAGAUGUGAUAUAUAUGUUAACAGGUAUGGGCAUCGAAACGGGUGUCGAUAUGGACGGACUUUUACAGGCCUCUGAGUUCAUUUGUGCCGCACUUGGCCGGGAAACUUCAUCCAAAGUGGGCAAAGCGCUUUUGGCAAAGAGGAAAGAAGUUGAUUACGAUAUUUGAGGUCUUUGAAUUAAAGAAACAAAAUCAGUGUAUUUAAAACAUAGAAAUGGUCAACUGAUGAUUGUUAUUUUUGUCCAAUUCGAGAAUUGAUUGUCCCCUUAUAUAUAUUUUUCUCAUUCUUUCCUGAUGUUUACUUGUCGACGAGAUUUAUUUUAUCAACUGGAAUAUUUUCUUUCAUUAAUCAUCUGUUGACUAUUCUAAAUGAUACUCAAUUUUUAUAUACAAAUGGUUCAGAUUCAGUUAAAAAAAACAACAUCAAUCUGACAAAAAUAUCACGAAAUCUAGUGAUCAAUCUUGCUGGAGAUUUAAUUUGAAUUUUAAAUUUUUGGAAAAAUUUAUCAAAUUGUUUUGAUCUAAAUUCAAUUGUCAACAGUUUUUAAAACAUUAAUUGUUAUUGUCAAAUUGUUUUCUCUCCAACAGCUAAAUUAUUUUCCAAUUUGGAUUAUUAUUAUUCUUUUGCGAUAUUAUUAAUAUGGAUAAGGAAAAGAAGACAACAAUUUAACAAGAUUUUAAUUGUAACUUUUAGAAAUCAUGAGAAGAUGCGUUAAAAAGUUACAAACCAAACUCCUUUAAAUUGUACCAAAUUAGCACAAUAAAUCAGUUCCCAUGUCAAAA